AUGAUGGCAUGUGCCGGCAACGCUGGAGAUGUUGGAAUGCGCAGGCACUUCAGAGUCUCCGCAGUGACCUCUGCAAGUUGGUACAGGUAUGCCUGCAUGGAGGCCGGGCGUUGGCCACAGUGCCUUUCCCUGCUGGAAAGCAUGCGCUCCGAGGAGGUGCAGCCGGACAGUAUUGCCCUGGCUUGCGCAGCUCAAGCCUGCCGCGAUGGCAGGAACCAGGCUGCGGCCAGUGAGAUCCAAGACGAAAUGCGGCAACGGAAGAUGGACUAUAACGUGGCCGAGAUCCUAAAUGAUGCGACGCUUGCCGUGGACUUCCCCGAGGUACGAAGCCCCGUGCCACUCGGGGCCCUGAGGCCAAUGGCACAGAAGGAGGUUCAGCUCUUCAAGUGGAUCAGGCAGCGUGCGACGCCUGGAGAUGUGCAAUCUGUGAUCAAGGUCAUCGAAGAGUUCGCGGAGGAGCGGAGUUGGCUGAAGAUCCAGGGUGAGCAAAAGAAAGAGCUGUUGGAGGCAACGUUGCGGCCAGAGGAUCGCAUCGUAGAGUUCGGCUGUUAUGUGGGCUACUCUUCCAUGGUCAUGGCACAGCGGCUGCGUGAGCUGGGCGGUCACGGAAGCGUCACCACAUGCGAGGUGGAUGCGGCUAAUGCUUACAUUGCCCGCGGCGUUUUGCAAUUUGCCGGAGUGGAGGGGGAGGUCCAAGUGCGCGUUGGGUGUGCUUGCGACUGGGUGGCCACUGGCCAGCUGGGCACCAUUGAUUUCUUGUUGCUGGACCAUCGUGGGACAAUUUACCAUGAGGAUCUACACGCAGCUGAGCCAAGUCUGUCAGACAAGGCUAUUGUUUUCGCAGAUAACGUACUCUACCCUGGUGCGCCGCUGUUUUUAAACUACAUCGACGUCCAGGAAUAUGCCAUAGAAAUCCACGAGCUGAAGGCCAUUUUGUGA